GUUACUGGUGCCGCGCAGGGUCACCCGCCUGGGCGCACCUCCAAGGCCCAGUGCCCCCGCGCCUAGAACCACCGGUGAGGCAGUCUCCCGGAGCGACCAGCGUCAUCCCGCGUGCUCAGAGCGGCCCUGGUACUUUACAGUUUUUGGCCUGUUACCCGUCGCAGUCCAGUGAGGUGACCGCCUUGUCUCCACCUCACGGAGAGGAAAUGGAGGCACUGUCACAGCCGGGACUGCUGGCUCUCGGCUGGGGUAUUGGGAAUAGGUCUCGCACCAGCCCUGGGAGAGCCGCUGUCUGAGCCCCAGAGGCACCUGCGUUCCCGCACAGGCACCACCAGGCCACCCAGACUUCUGUCUCAUGGAGCCUCUGGGUGAGAAGCAGGGAGAGGCGGAGGGGCCGCGCAUCACGCCCCAGCUGCUGAAGGCGCGCACGGGCGAGUUCGCCUUGGAGUCCAUCCUGCUGCUGAAGCUGCGGGGCCUGGGCCUUGUGGACCUGGGCUGUCUAGGAGAGUGCCUGGGCCUCGAAUGGCUGGAUCUGUCCGGCAAUGCGCUCACCCACCUGGGCCCGCUGGCAUCCCUGCGCCAGCUGGCAGUGCUCAACGUCUCCGACAACAGGCUCACAGGGCUGGAGCCGCUGGCGGCCUGCGAGAACCUGCAGAGUCUGAAUGCCGCAGGCAACCUGCUGGCGGCUCCAGGCCAGCUGCAGUGCCUGGCCGGGCUGCGGCGCCUUGAGUACCUGCGGCUCAGGGACCCUCUGGCUCGGCUCAGCAACCCGCUGUGCUCCAGCCACUCUUACUGGACUGCAGUCCGGGAGCUGCUGCCCGGCCUGAAGGUCGUGGACGGGCAGCGGGUGACCGGGCGAGGCAGUGAGCUCUACCAGCUGUGCCGAGACCUGGACAGCUCCUUGCGGCCCAGCUCCAGCCCAGGCCCCAGGGCCACGGAGGCACAGCCCUGGGUGGAGCCGGGGUACUGGGAGUCCUGGCCCACCCGGAGCAGCUCCAUCCUGGAGGAGGCCUGCCGACAGUUCCAGGACACACUGCAGGAGUGCCACGACCUGGACCGCCAGGCCAACGACAGCCUGGCCCAGGCCGAGCAGGCGCUCAGUCCGGCGGGCACCACUGCUUCCUUUGUCUUUUGAGGGUGCCGUGUGGCCCAGGCCAUCCUGGUGGGGGCCCCCGCUGCCCACCUUUCUCCUCCCCUCCUCUGUGCUUGGUUUCCUGGUUCUUCAUGCUGAUCCCUGGCCCCGGAAACGGCUGUCAUAUAUCCCUGUCCAGAGAGCAGCCCCUACUGCAAGGACCCACCUCCGGAGUGGCCUCCAGCAGGCCCCAGGCUCUCCAGAGGCAGCUGGCACGUGCACUGUGUGGCCAGGGAGGGGCUGUGCCAAGCCUGUGCCCACUGCUGCUGCCUCUCCUGGUUGUCCCAGCCUGAGACUUGUCAGAAGGGAUCACUUCCUCAGGCCAAAGGUGAGACAGGGAGGAGGAGAGCGGGGCCAGGUCAUUCCUGGAUGCUGGAGCUCAUCUGCCUUCCAGAUGUGCCCCUCUAGGCCAUCUGCUGCCCCCGGGCACCCUCUGCUGCUCUCACCAGCCAGUGCCGAUUAAACAGUCCUGUUCACAUCUGCAUCCUGCCUGUCCGGUCCUGCAUGAGGGGCUCCACUCACCCUCGCUCGUCCUGGGUGUCCGACAGGAAGGCCCUGCACCCCUGCCUUCCCUCAGGUAGCUGGCCUCCCACAGGCAGAGCUGAGGAAAGGUGGGAAACGGAGCGGAGAGGACACGGCUCGGACAGCAACUUUAUUAGCCGGGAUAUAAUGGCCUGUCUUCCUGGGAGGGCAGGUCUUCCACUGCUCGUCUCCUGGAGCU